AUGGAAGGCCCCUUUGAGACCUGUUACACCAUUCAUCAGAGCAAGAACUGCCGGGAGCUGUUAGCCAGAGGAGUCAUCCUGAGUGGCUGGUACACCAUCUACCCCUGGGUCUGCCAUGCCGGGGCUGUGCUCUGCAAGAUGGACAUGGACAAGGGCAGCUGGCUGGUUUUCCAGAGACGAGUGGAUGGCUCCAUGGACUUUUUCUGAGACUGGAAUUCAUAUAAAAAAGGCUUUGGGAGCCAGCUGACCAAAUUCUGGCUCAGGAAUGACAAUAUUCACAUUCUGACAUCAGAGGGCAAUAAUGAGCUUUGCAUUGACCGGAGAGACUCUGACAACAAGCAUCAUUUUGCCUAAUAAAUGUCAUUGAAAAUUUUAGGGGACAAUGAAAAUUACAAACUGAUCCUUGGAAACUUCAGUGGUGGCAAUACAGGGGAUUCAUUGGUCAAACACAAAAACAUGCCAUUUUUGACCAAAGACAACAAUGCAUACUCUAACAACUGCACUGUAACCUACAAAGGUGCCUGGUGGUACCACCAGUGCCACAACUCCAACCUCAAUGGCUUUUACCACCAUGGAGCUCAUUACAGUUUUGCAGAUGGCAUCAACUGGCAGACAGGCAAAGGACACAAAUACUCCUACCAGCUGUCGGAGAUGAAAUUCAGGCCAGCGUAG